GCCGCGGGGCCACCGGGGGUCUCUGGGAGGAUGGGGCAGGACCAGACGAAGCAGCAGAUUGAGAAGGGGCUCCAGCUGUACCAAUCUAACCACACGGAGAAGGCGCUGCAGGUGUGGAUGAAGGUGCUGGAGAAGAGCCCAGACCUCGUGGGGCGCUUCCGCGCGCUCGGCUGCCUCGUCACGGCCCACUCAGAGAUGGGCCGCUACAAGGAGAUGCUCAAGUUUGCUGUGGUCCAGAUCGACACCGCCCGGGAGCUGGAGGACGCCAACUUCCUCCUGGAGAGCUACCUGAACCUGGCGCGCAGCAACGAGAAGCUGUGUGAGUUCCACAAGACCAUCUCCUACUGCAAGACCUGCCUCGGCCUGCCCGGCACCAGGGCGGCCGCCCAGCUCGGAGGCCAGGUCAGCCUGAGCAUGGGCAACGCCUUCCUGGGCCUCAGCCUCUUCCAGAAGGCCCUGGAGAGCUUCGAGAAGGCCCUGCGCUAUGCCCACAACAACGACGACACCAUGCUAGAGUGCCGCGUGUGCUGCAGCCUGGGCAGCUUUUACGCUCAGGUCAAGGACUACGAGAAAGCCCUGUUCUUCCCCUGCAAGGCUGCAGAGCUCGUCAACGACUACGGCAAAGGCUGGAGCCUCAAGUACCGGGCCAUGAGCCAGUAUCACAUGGCUGUAGCAUAUCGCCUGCUGGGCCACCUGGGCAGCGCCAUGGAGUGCUGUGAGGAGUCUAUGAAGAUCGCGCUGCAGCACGGGGACCGUCCACUGCAGGCUCUCUGCCUGCUCUGCUUUGCUGACAUCCACCGGAGCCGUGGGGACCUGCAGACGGCCUUCCCCAGGUACGACUCCGCCAUGAGCAUCAUGACCGAGAUCGGGAACCGCCUGGGGCAGGUGCAGGUGUUGCUGGGCGUGGCCAAGUGCUGGGUGGCCAGGAAGGCGCUGGACAAGGCUCUGGAUGCCAUUGAGAGAGCCCAGGACCUGGCUGAGGAGGUGGGGAACAAGGUCAGACCUGAUUCCGUCUGCUGGGUCUGGAGUCAGGAGCCCAAGCUGGGCCAGCUGAAGCUGCACUGCCUGAGCGAGGGCAUCUACCGCAGCAAAGGGCUGCAGCGGGAGCUGCGUGCCCACGUCGUGCGCUUCCACGAGUGCGUGGAGGAGACCGAGCUCUACUGCGGCCUGUGCGGCGAGUCCAUCGGCGAGAAGAACAGCCGUCUGCAGGCCCUGCCCUGCUCCCACAUCUUCCACCUCAGGUGCCUGCAGAACAACGGGACCCGAAGCUGCCCCAACUGCCGCCGCUCGUCCAUGAAGCCUGGCUUCGUGUGACCCAGCAGGUCGGGGACUUCACCUGGCCUCCCCUGCUCCUUCUCUGCCCUCACGCUGGAGGGCCCCGACCAGCUGAGCCUCUGCCUUGCCUGUUUACUCCUGGGGCGGUGGUGGGUGCGGCCUGCCCACCGCGGCCUGCCCUCCCCCGCCUCUCUGGACUUUGCUCUUUCUAGAAAAAUAAAGCCGUUCGUACCUGGUCCCAGUGAUUCGGACUUUCCUCGCCCACGGUCUGC